AUGGCUUCCAACGCGAGCAUGUUGGCCAUGAUCAUGGCGUGCGCGCUCCUUCUCACCGGCAGCACGUGCGACGCUGCUCGCAACCUGGCCGACACGACCCCGGCGGCUGCCGCUCCGGCUGCUAGUGCCGUCCCUGGACUGCCGGCCAUGCCGACCUUGCCCGCGGACACGCUCACCCUUAUGCCACCCAUGCCGUCGGUCACCCUCCCCACCGUGCCGCAGGUGACCCUGCCGCCCAUGCCGGCCAUCGUCGUGCCCAAGGCGGUGCUACCACCGAUGCCCAAGGUCACCCUCCCCACAGUGAUGAUGGCGCCGAUGCCCGCGAUUGUCGUGCCCAAGGUGACGCUGCCGCCCUUGCCAUUCGUCCCGAAUGUGAACGUGCCUAUGCCGUUUGCGGCGCCACCCCCGUCGGCGUAGACGCGCCCACGCGUGCGCGCCGGUGAUCUGGCCCUGUCCAUGAUGUGUAUUGAUGGGGCUCCUUCCAUGUGAGAGUGGCUCCAGGUCACUCCGUGGUCACGACACAUAUGUUACUGUUCUUACAUGCAAGUUCUGCGUUUUAAGCGCGAUGUAUCAGUAGAUCCUACUUUUUUUUACGUCUCAGUGUAUGUAUUCUUAGUCUGUUGGGUCGUCCCAUUGUCUAUAUGUAAUUGUUUACCAAUCACAAAAGUUUCAUAUUU